CGUUGAUCGACACUUUCCGGUGACACUUAUCCAAUAUGGCUGUCUACAAGUUGUGUUCAUUUUGGAGAAAGCCAACUUUUAAUCUGUAUAAAACAGGUAAAUUAUUGUCUGUUGUAUUGUUUUGACAAGAAAUUAGAUAUAUUGUGUGCUGUGUAUAAGUCAUUACUAAGUAAAUGUAUAUUUUAUUAUGAUUUUGCAAAGGUUUAAUAAACUUUCGACGCUGUGAAUCAACGAAUGUGAGCAACCCUCAAGAAAUCCCAAAGCAGUCAUGGAAAUUUCUGGUAACCGGAUGUUUUCAUUUUUAUUAAAUAUUGUUGUAAUGUUUUCUAUUUUGUACAGUAAAACAAUCUAAAUAUGAAAAUGUCUUGUGUACAUGACUGAUUUGAUGACUGUUCAUGACUUCAUGUUUAUAUGUAUAUAUUUUAGUAUUGUAUAUUUAUAUUGUACAUUAUUAAAAUUUCAUGUAGACAAAUAUAUAACCUUAAACUUUGCAGAUUUUGGCAUUUGGUGUUCCUGUCAGUGGCUUUCUAUUUUACAAGACUGUUGUAGGUUAGUUAUUUUGUGCACAAACAAUAUGGAAAGGCAGUUUCUUGUUUUUCUGUGACUGUAGAAAUCGGUGGUCCUGACUGGAAAGUUUCGUAAUUGUGCAACUAAGAUUUAAAAAUUUAAUAGCAAAUAGAAAGCAUCAAAGUUGUAUACAAUAUCUCAGUUGCAUAUCAACACAAACUUUCCAUCCUUUUAUGGCGUUAAUAAUUAAUGCAUUACCUGGCUGUUUUGUAAUAAACUUAUUUUAACCCACCAGUGCUUGCUUAACAUGCUUAAUAUUUGGUAGCCGUGCCUUGAAAUUGGUUCAUUGACACUGCUCAUACAUAUUUGAAACAUUUGACUUGAAUAUAUUUUGUUUCUUUUUCAAGAGCCAGGCAGUCGGGAUCUUUCUGAGGAAGAGCAAAAACUGGUUAGAAUCUUUAAUGAAGUUUGAAUUCACAAUACCAUAAAUGUACAAUCUUUGGCAACACUAUAAAUGUACAAACUUUGACAGUCUAUCUAGAUUGUGCAUGUGGUCAGAUGUAUCAUACCUUUUAUGAUACAUUUAUUCCACUCUCCCUCACCCACACAAUGUUGCUGUCUGUCAAAUGGGGAGAGGGGGGACACAGGAGGUGCUAGGCAUUCCAAAUGAUAUGUCCUCUAGUUUUCAGCAAACUGAUUCAUAUUUUAGCCAUAUGUAACAAGAUUGAUGAUAAAGUAUUUGAUGGAAGAUCCGAUUGAAAAUAAACGCAAGAUCCAUGAACAUAUACAUGCAUGUCGACAGGUUGCUGACAAAAGGUAUGAUAAUGCUGCAUUAUCUCUCUGUCAUUUCAGGAUUUUAUCUAAUACCAUACUAUUUCAUACCAUACUAUGUGGAAGCCCUGUGUAGAGUGAAUGGUCAACAGACUUGGUAAAAAACUGUUUUAUUUUGUCUUCUCUAGACUGGCAUUGAACCAUGCAAAGCAAUAUCCAAUAGCUCCUGGAAAAUUUCAACAAACAAUCACACGUGAAAAACAAAAUAUUGCGUAUGAUACUGAAAUGCAUUGACUGUAUUUGAUUGAACUUCUGUUAGAACGUCUGUGUUCUUGUCAUGUACUCUUUAGGCCAUAAUGUGUUUUGUUGGAUUACAGGUUUCCUUGUAUUUUUAAAAACCAAACAACAAUGAAGACACCAUCCAUAAGUUUUUGUGUGUUGCCCAAAAAAACAGUGUGCAGGAUAAAAACAGUGUGCAUAAACCCUCAACAUGCAGUUGUCAUGCAUGGCCACGCAAUGUGACUGUGAAACUUUUCUUCCCACUCUAAUAUUGGUGUGCAAAAUCUGUAAUCCAACAACUAAAACAGUGUGACCUUAUGUAUAUAACCACUUAUUGUAUUUUUGUGCAAUACUUCUGAAAUAAAUCUAUUUUAAAACAUUUCGUGAAAUCAUUAAUAAUUACCAAAUACCCAAUCAAACAACACUGGAUUCUUUAUCAAACUAACAGAUAGUCAUCUGGCAAGGCAAAAAUGUAAGAUUACGCAUUAUAUAAUAACCACAGUGAAACACGCAAUUUGAUUGGUCAAUAGCCAAAUAGGAUCAGGCUAUCCUGCACGAGGAAUUAAAAUGCUCUCGCGGGAUUUUCAAAGUGUCAUUGUUUCACUGCAGUUAUUUUAUGAAACAAUUACCAAAUCGUUUUCCAAGCAGGAUAGCGUGAUCCAUGCACUUGGGAUGUUGCUCGACUUUCGGAAAGCGUAAAAAUACACUCGCCUGCGGCUCGAGUAUUUUUACGCUUUCCGAAAGUCUCGCGACAUCCCUCGUGCAUGGAUCACGUAAUCCUGCACGGAAAACCAUUCGGUAUUCCUUUAUUCCCCAACUGCCUUUGUAUAGGCCACUCGUAGUUUGAAACAUGGCUACAUGCAUAUGCAGUAAUGUAACAUCAAAUGAAAAUAAAUUAGAUUUAAUUUGUUUAAACCAUAGUUAUUAAUUUUACCAAAACAAGUAAUAGAAGAAACUUUAGGGACCGGUCAUUAUUUAUGGCGGGGGUGGCACCGAAGAGAAAAGUGUUGGGUAAACAAAAUUUUGAGUGAGUAAAAGGUUGGGUAAAUCAAAAACGAAACAACUCAAAGAUUGGGUAAUAAAAAUAUAUUGUCAAUUCCAAAGCAUGACUCACUCAAAUAUUGAAGACUGAAAACUUCAAAGUCAACAGUCAUAUGUCAAUACAAUAUGUGAAUCAAUCUAUAUCUUCAUCAUUUUCCGAUUUGUUGGGAGACAAAUGGUGUCUCCAAAGAAAGUAAAUGUGCAGACAACAUGAAACUUUAGACUGCAGAAAAGUCAGUAAAUUUCACAAGCCGAACGUUAUCAAACUAUCAAACAUUCACAAGCCGAACGUUAUCAAACGUAUCACAGAAGUGGUAGACUGUCAUGUGUGACAACUGAAUGACAUCCUUUUGUAACGUUUUUGGCCAGGGGUGGGUAUUUAUUUUUUAAAUGAUACUUGAGGUUGGGUAAUCAAAUUUUUGAUUUUUUAAUGGUUGGGUAAGCAAAAUUUUUGCCACGAAAAACAUUUCUCUUCGGUGCCACCCCCCACCAUAAAUAAUGACCGGUCCCUUAUAUUCUCGGACGUUGGCUUAUUUCAAAUGUAUAGAUCUUAAUUCUCGUAGCCGAUUGUGCAAUAAAAAAUGCGCACUAAAAACGAUAAACCCUCGUGGUAAACAUCUUAUAAUACAAAUGUUAUAUCCCAUAAAAAUAAAUAUUUGAUAUGUCAGCUAUAAAAUACUUUACAUCAGAUAGUGGAUGACGUUAUCGGCAUGUAUGCACUGUAUUGUUGCGUCUACAAGUCUGACAACGUACAAAACAACACCAGUUGAAUUUACAUUCACAUUUCUCUUCAACAACCACAUUUUGGGUCGUGUAUCCUCGUCCACAACACAACAAAUCACAUCCGUCUAUAGCGCGAGAACCUGGUUCGCAGACUCGGCCCGAGGUACCAAGAGAGCCCGUGGAUUUAUUAGGAGCACAGAAGUUUGGAGAAGAAUCAAGAUAAACCAAAUCGGAUAUCGUUGGUGGUUUUAGCUUUUCAUAUUUUGGAACUAAGAUGCGUCUUCCUCCUGUGUUGGCCUCUUUCACCAAACUUGCACCAUCAAAUUUAUCUUUUAAUUUAUCACCCACAUGUCUGAUGGGUGGUAGACGUCUCCAACAAGUUUUAAGAGCGCAAGUACCACACACACCGUGACAUUUACAUGUCUUCACCAUAUUGUUCAGUAAAAUCUAAAGGCGUAUAAAAUAUCAGUCAUUUUACUAUAUACCAGAAUAUUACAUUUCAUAAAUUACAAAUACCAACCCUGCGUCCAGCUUCGUUAUUGUGCAGAUUCAUGAGAAUUCUAGAUCUAGAACUGAAAUGUUGCCUCUCACGAACUCUCGCAUCAAGAAAACUUUUCGAAAAACUAUUUCCAAAAUGUAUAUUAUCACUGCAACCUGCCCAACGCCAGUUUUCGUUUGUUUUCUUUCUAUCUUUUAUCUUAAGUGAACGGUCACAUGAACAACUAUUAAGUUCCCCGGAUGUACAGUCUUUGGUGACAGAGUACGAGACAGAUGCUGCUGCAAUGGCGUAGACAAACGCUGCUUCCCUUGUCCCUGGUUUAGGAAAGAGACAAUCAUUAAAUGACUAAACUGAAUAUUAAUUGCUUCAGAAGAAAACUUACUGUAUUGAAGACCUCAAUC